AUGUUUAGUAUAAGGGAAUUAGAAAAUCCAGUUGUCAUUUUUGACAUUGGUUCCGGACUGUGCAAAGUAGGCCUGACAGGAGAAAAUGGACCUCGUUUGGUUAUCAAUACUGUCAUUGGACACCAUAAAUUCAAUGUAGUUUCAGCAAGAGCCAACCAGAAGAAGUACUUCGUAGGAGAAGAAGCACAACGCAUGCAUAAUAGCUUAUGUUUACACUAUCCUAUUGAACGUGGCUUGGUGACCAACUGGUACGAUGUAGAAAAACUCUGGCAUCAUCUAUUUGAGUUGGAGCUGGGCGUUAAAUCAAAUGAACAUCCGCUAUUGAUGACCGAGCACUCCUUGAACCCACGGGACACUAGAGAAAAAAUGCUGGAAAUAAUGUUCGAAAACUUUGAUGUUCCGGCCUUUUAUUUAUUCAAUCAUGCUGUGGCAGCACUUUAUGCAUCUGGUAAUAUCACUGGCCUGGUAGUGGACAGUGGGGACGGGGUUACUUGCACUGUCGCCAUCUAUGAAGGUUAUUCCCUGCCUCACACUGUCUCCACACUCAAUCUAGCCGGAAGAGAUAUAACAGAGUACUUCUUCCACCUGUUGCUCUUUAGAGGUUAUAAUUUUCCUUCAAUUUUCAACAAAACCGUGGGAGAAGAUAUGAAAGAGAAGACCUGUUUUGUUACCAUGGGUCCGGAGGAAGAACUACAGGGAAAGGUGCUGAAGCAGUACAAAUUGCCAGAUGGAAACAUCAUCUGCCUCAAAGAUGACUUGUGCAAAAUACAUGAGGUUCUUUUUACACCCGAGCAACUAAGAAUAAAAGAACCAGGCAUCUCUCAGAUGGUUUCCAACACCAUAAUGAAGUGCGACAUGGACAUCCAAAAUAGCAUGUUUCCUAAGAUUGUUUUGUCCCGAGGCAAUACGCUAUUCCCAGGCCUUGAAGCAAGGCUCAGGGAUGAACUGAAAUCACUAGUACCUACAGAACUUCCUAUUGAGAUUGUAGACUCUCCACAGAGAUGCCUUUCACAAUGGACUGGAGCAUCCAUAGUAGCUUCCUUGAGCACCUUCAAGCAAAUGUGUGUCACCGCUUCGGAUUUCAUUGAAUUUGGAAAAUUUGUGGUUCAACGAAAAUGCUUCUAA